AUGUCGACUUCUACACCUCCGAAUGGCCGAGCUGCCAGCGACCAUGUCGAAGCCGGACCUGAGCUUCCGGAUCCUGCUCACCUGUCGCUGCCUACUUUCCACUCCGUCCGCGACUCUUCCAACGAACGAGAGGGUCGAGGUGCAAGGACAGAGUCGAGUGCUUCAGGUUCUGCCGGUCGUCGAAGUAGGAGUCGCAACCCCGACUCUCAGUCUUCCCGAUUGUUAGAACACCUUUCCUUUGUUGGCAGCAAUACUCGAAGCGACGGAGACUCCAAGAGCAAAGAGAAGGAGAAGGAGAAGGAAAAGGAAAAGACAAAGGAGAACGAUGCUCCCCUACACAACGUCUCUCGACGUUCUGGUGGCUUUCUUCUCGAGCCCGUCUCAAACUCCAAGCGGCUGUCUCGCGGGUCGCCCGCCCCUCCUGCUCGAAAAGAUUCUGAAGGGAUACGGAACAGCGGUGACUCUGAGUUGACGCUUGUGAAGAGAAGACACAAACCAAAUGGCCACUCCAGCUCAUCGUUCAAAAGUUCUCCGUUGGCGAGCGAGGUCAAACAGGAUUCCGCCACACAUGGCUAUCCCAGCUCGGAUCAGCUUGUUCCUGGCACCGACGUUCGACGGUCGCUGUCUUCCUCGCACAAUGGCUCUCAGUUUGCGGGCGUUCCGGCAUCGACUUCACGUCACGUCGAAAUGCAGACAACGCCCGGUGCCAAGGUCGGCUUUGAUAAUGAUCCUGCACAUAUCGUCAAUAUGGCUUUGAGUCUAAGUGAAGGUCGACGGCGUCUCGCUUCGGGAAGGAGAUAUGUCUCGACCGAACAGGGAGAGCGCCGCGUCGUUUCCACGGCUUCAACCGUAAAUCCAAGCAACACCGUCCGGAGACGAAGCAUCGCCCCCUUUCUGGCGACAAAUCGCAAGUCAUCGCAGAGUGGCUCUCCUAAACGUAACGCUUCGACUAAACACCGGGACUCGAACGGACCAACGACGCCUCCGUCUGUCGACGUAGCUACUACUGCAGACGCCCUCAAUCUUGACGUCGAUCCUGUUUUCGUGGCUCAACUCUCGCCGGCGACCGCAGCCCGGGUCGAGAAAGCAAAGGUUUAUUUUGAACUCGCCCACGAGCAUCGACGCCUGCUCCCGCAUCUUCCCCCAAUACGAAAGCCGGGUACUCAGGUUCGAUCUACAGGGCCAGAAGCAAUGCAAAAGGCAUACAACCCUUUACAAUAUGUCCGAAAUCGUAAGCUCCGCAUCUGGGAAAAGACACCGAUCAAUAGCGAGGCAGAGGGAUGGUAUGAUGUUCAGAAGGUCAGAGCAUGGGUUGAUGCCGUGUCUUUAAGCCACCCAGAAACCCAGCAUGAUCCUCUGGAGUGUGUCCGUUUACCUCCACUAGACCUGCGGAGUGCGGAUAAUGAUCACGAAGAUACAGACGACUCGCCAGAUGAGCCAAAGAGCGCAGUGCUACCCCGAGUGCCAGACCAACUUCAUCCCAAGCCCACCCGUCCACGAUCUGACUGGGUCACUCAUCCAGCUGACAUGAUAGCUGAUGCAUAUUGGUUGGAACAAGGCUUGAACAAGACCAAGAUCCAAGACCGAGACAACAAUCUGAUUUAUCCACCACAUACUCAUUUCACAUUCUCGGGUUGGCGCAACCAAACACCUGUCAAUAUCCCAAGCGGGUUGCAGCAAGCCUCUCCAGUUCCCGAAGCCCAUGAUGACUCAUUCGAAGAAACCCCUUCAUCAGCUCUGCCUGAACUGCCGACAUUUAAGUCGGCUCAUCAUGCACAGAAGACUAGGCGCCAUAGCCGCCGCAGAGAUAUCAUCAGAGACUCUGUUCACGGCAAGAGUGGCAGCAGCUCCAGGGAACGCUCUCGAAUACGCAAGAAGCUGUUUCACGACAGCAGCGAUUCAGACUAUUCAGCCUCGAUGUCUUCCGACGGUCCAGGGAUUGAACGUGGUCGUAGACGAAUUCGGCGGAAGCGGCACGAAAGCCCUGUCCACAAUAGUCUAGAGCAGCGCGGGAGUCAUUCGCAGUCAAAACAGCCACCACAGGCGCUUGGGCACGGUCACGGCGACUCUAGCCAAGGUUCCUCUGCCCCGACGUCGAAAAGAGCCUCAAUAGAUCACACCGGACUCAAUAAACUCUUCCGAGUGGACAGUUUGAAGAAGGCUACGCCCCUAACUCGAUCACGAAAUAGGCAGGAUUCCUCUCGGCCUCAAUCUGUUCAGAUCCCCGUUCGAUCAAGCCUUGAACAUGAACAUCAGCCUCGCGCAUCUACAGAAUAUGAUACUACUACCGCCCCUAAUUCACCCAACGGAGUUGAAUGGCCUAGUAUCGCCAUCAACCUUUCUCCGCCUCCGAGUAGACCGAGUUCGCCAUCCAAGAAACCGUUGUCCACUAUCUUGCAUCCCUUUCACCGCAAAUCUCACAAGGGUCAGAACCAGGUUAGCACAACGGACUUCGCACAUGUUCCACCAGUGCACUCCGUCCACGAACAUGAAAAGGACCAACACUUUGGCAGCCCGGAUUCUCGUGGUCAGAGUCCCAUGUCCAGGGACCUCAGUUCGCUGACCAAAAAUCAGACGAACUCGACAGAGGUCGACGACAUGGCUCCACAAUCAUCCAUUGAACACAGACACAGUACGGCGAGCAAAGCCAGUACGCGGUCAACUACCAAUGCGGGAAAUGACCAUUCAAGGAUCCGCGCGAUCUUCAAAGGGGGUCGCAUUGCAGAAAUUGUCGGAAAUGAAGUUUCUCGCGUUGGAGACUUCAUCUGGAAGCGUGACAUCCCGAUGAUAUAUAAACACAGAGGCUCGGCUUCCGAAGGCAGCAUUCGAUCUUACGAGGGGUCAGAUUCAGAGAAGGAGCAGCAGCAGCAUCGCCACCACCACCAACACCAUCAGCAGCAGCAGCAGCCGCAGCAACAAAACGGGACCAUUCUUAAAACCCCUCCACAACCUGCACGCUCAAGGUCUUCCACCAUCUCAAGUACCAAAAGCGACCAGGUCUCGCCUGUUGUCACGAAGACAAGUAACUUGGGAAAUGACCGGCCCAGAUAUAACAAUCCUAACCUGCCUAGCUUCACCUCCCCUUUUCAAAAAGAUCGCGAACGUCAAGAGAAAAAGGAAGGGUUUCUGGCUCCAGAUGAUGCUGUUAUACGGGGUGAUUCCACGGAUCACAUCUCUCGUCUUGCUGCUCAACAUCGCUCGGCCUCACAUUCGCCACGACUUGCUGCGCUACCCAAGCUUGAUACAGGAGCGCCCACUACGCCUAACGAGGUGAGCCGGCAGAAGAGUUACGGAUUCGGCGCAGCGCUGGACCUCAGCAGAUCGCGAGAUGCAUCCGAUCAACUGAACUCUGUCAUCGGUCCCGUAACUGGAUUGAGCGGUCUCCGCACUGCCAAAUCUACCGGCGAUCUUUCGAAGAUGGGCGGGUCAGAACUGGGUCAAGAAGAUGGCGAACCUGCAGACGUGACAUGGCGCGAUAUUGAACGUGCUCAGGUCCUCCUCUAUACUUCAACUGUCAAGGCCCGAGAAAUUGGACGUCGGGCAGAAGACUCAAGCGAGGAAAUGCCACCAUUUCUUCUGGAGAGCCUUACCCCGGAGAGCAAAGCCUUACAUUCCGCGAAUCCUUUGCGUGUCAAGAAACGGGAACGACAUAUUAUUGCAGCACAGAACAUCAUGAAGACACUGGAAGGCCAUUCCUCGACUUUCAAUAAGAAACUACAUUCAUUCACCACGUCGCUCAUACCUGCUCUACACAGCCAACUCCAGAUCCUCGAAGAUCAGGUAGAAAACAACAUGACUCCGCAAGUACGAUUAACAACGGAUUCAGCUGGUGAGCUGAGCAUGAAACUAUCCACUACUAGUACACUUGCCGUCAAGGAACUCAACGACUCCAUCGAAGUCGCCUUUCGCAGGAAGCGGAGGGGUCCGAUCAGGUUGUUUCGCAAACUGUGGUUUGCGGGCAUCGAAUGGACCGUUGUUGGGUUACUUUGGCUCAUCUGGGCUGUUGUUUCGGUGGUUAGAUUUGCUUUGGGCAUAGGUAGGUGUGUGAUCAAGGGAGUGAGAUGGUUGCUUUGGAUCGAUUGA